AUGAGAUCAGCCAGUUCUUGGGAUCAAUCAGGGAAUAAUGAAUUCCAGGCGAAUGAAUCAAAUAGUAGGAUGGAACCGAUCUAUAAUUCGUCUAUAAAUGCAGUAGCUUCACUGCUGCAUCAACUAGAAACACAAGAAAUUAUACCACCAGAAGAGCUCAUAGAUUCUAUAGCUUCUGUUUCAACAUCUGAAAAUAACAACUAUAUUGAGGAAGGAAUAUACCAACAGGAAGAUGAGGAUGGAGACGAAAUGUGUACAGGAGGAGAUUCAUUUACAGGUACAGACCAGCCCACAUUAGAGCAAAUACAAAGGGUGUAUUAUACAAAGGGAUUACAAAUGUUAGAUAACUUACAACUUAUUGAUAUCUCACCGCUAGCCAAUUGGAAGCUUUCAUCAUCUAAGCAAGAAUUUGGUUUAAGUCAAUUGCGGGAAGAUUCGUCAGAUAGCUAUUGGCAAUCAGAUGGAAGUAAUGGAAGUAAUAACAUAAAUGCUACAAAUGGGAAUGCCAUAACAAAUAACCAACUUUCAAAUCCACAUUCGAUAACUAUACAAUUUUCGAAAAAAGUAUCGUUAGAAAGAAUAUCAAUAUUUACCAAUUUUUCAGCCGAUGAAUCGUAUACUCCUUCUAAGAUUCGAAUCUUAGCGGGUACUUCAGAUGGCUGGGAUUUGAGUGAAGUAUGCACUGUUAAUUUUAAUAAGCCAAUUGGCUGGUCACAUAUAAUUUUUAAUGCCAUAAGGAAUGAUGGGGUACUAAAGUGCUUUACUGUCAAACUAGUAAUUUUAGCAAACCAUCAAGAUGGAAAGGAUACACGUAUACGAGCAGUCAGAUGCUUCGGUAAAAAAUCUACUACAAUCAAGCCUCCAGUGAAUGAUAUUGCUCCUCCUAGUUUAGUAGGAGACAUCUUAAAAGAUCUCAAUCUUACCAGUGGGUUUAGUAAUGCUUCUGGGCUACUGUUAAAUAAUGAGAUUGUCCAAAAUUUGAGUGAUAAUCCAAUAUCAUUUACGCAUAAAAAUUCAAUUGAUCUAGUUGACGAUGGUUAUGAUGACAUUACUGAUGAUGAUCCGGACAAAGAAACAAAUAAGAUUUUGAACAAUGUAUCUGAGGUUAUAGGGUUCAAUUCGGGGUUUCAGAGUUUGGAGUUUUCAAGUAUUUCAUCUAUACGCUAG